CACGCGCGCGUGCUGUAUGGUGCUACCUAUUGCGGGAGCGCGCCGUGAGGGGAGGGGGAGCCGGAGCAUCUCUUUCACACGCGCGGCGGCAGCGGCUCCUCCUUUGUUCACCCCCACCCACCGCUCUAGAGCUCUCGGGCCGCCUGGCUGGCGGGGGCCGGCACGAAUUGGAAUAGGUACUGGCAAAAGGGAGAGACCUCUCAUCGCUAUACAGGACCGAUGUUAUGAAUUAAUAAACACAUUGAAUUUCACAGGAUAUUAUUUUGAACAUCUCUGAAAAUGUCUACUCCUGAUCCUCCAAUGGGUGGGACACCUCGCCCCGGGCCUUCUCCUGGCCCUGGGCCUUCUCCUGGUGCUAUGCUGGGCCCCAGUCCUGGACCAUCCCCAGGUUCUGCACAUAGUAUGAUGGGUCCCAGCCCAGGGCCACCAUCAGCAGGGCACUCUAUACCACCACAAGGGCCUGGAGGUUAUACUCAGGACAACAUGCACCAGAUGCAUAAGCCAAUAGAUUCCAUGCAUGAAAAGGGAAUAUCUGAGGACCCUCGUUACAGUCAAAUGAAGGGCAUGGGAAUGAGGGCUGGUGGGCACACAGGAAUGGGACCUCCUCCAAGUCCAAUGGAUCAGCAUUCUCAAGGCUACCCUUCUCCACUUGGUGGUUCUGAGCAUGCAUCAAGUCCAGUCCCAGCUAAUGGUCCUUCUUCUGGCCCCCAGAUGCCAUCUGGCCCUGGUGGAGUCCCAUUAGAUGGUACUGACCCCCAAGCACUAGGGCAGCAGAAUCGGGGCCCAACUCCUUUUAACCAGAAUCAGCUGCAUCAGUUGAGGGCUCAGAUCAUGGCCUACAAGAUGCUUGCCAGAGGCCAGCCAUUGCCUGACCAUCUUCACAUGGCUGUGCAGGGAAAAAGGCCAAUGCCUGGAAUGCAGCAGCAAAUGCCAACUCUACCUCCACCUUCUGUAUCUGGAACAGGACCAGUGCAAGGACCAGGGCCUGCACCUGGACCAACGCCUCCGAAUUACAACAGACCUCAUGGUAUGGGAGGGCCUAAUAUGCCCCCUCCUGGACCCUCAGGAGUUCCUCCAGGAAUGCCUGGGCAGCCCCCUGGUGGACCCCCCAAGCCCUGGCCGGAAGGACCAAUGGCGAAUGCUGCAGCCCCUACUAGCACACCUCAGAAACUGAUUCCUCCUCAGCCAACAGGCCGUCCUUCACCAGCACCUCCAGCGGUACCUCCAGCAGCAUCCCCUGUCAUGCCUCCCCAAACUCAGUCACCCGGGCAACCAGCCCAGCCUGCCCCAAUGGUUCAGUUCCAUCAGAAGCAGAACCGUAUCACUCCAAUCCAGAAGCCGAGAGGACUUGAUCCAGUUGAAAUCCUUCAAGAGAGAGAAUACCGCUUGCAGGCUCGCAUUGCUCAUAGAAUCCAAGAACUUGAAAAUCUUCCUGGGUCCCUGGCUGGUGACCUGCGAACCAAAGCAACCAUUGAACUUAAAGCCCUACGACUGCUGAAUUUCCAGAGGCAGCUGCGACAAGAAGUCGUGGUCUGUAUGAGAAGGGAUACUGCACUGGAAACAGCACUGAACGCCAAGGCAUAUAAACGUAGCAAGCGGCAAUCCCUGCGUGAGGCUCGCAUCACUGAGAAGCUGGAAAAGCAGCAGAAGAUUGAACAAGAAAGAAAGCGCCGGCAAAAACAUCAGGAGUACCUCAACAGCAUUCUCCAGCAUGCCAAGGAUUUCAAGGAGUACCAUCGAUCGGUCACCGGCAAGAUCCAGAAGCUGACAAAGGCUGUGGCCACCUACCAUGCCAAUACUGAGCGUGAGCAAAAGAAGGAGAAUGAGAGAAUUGAGAAGGAGAGAAUGCGCCGGUUGAUGGCUGAGGAUGAAGAAGGGUACCGAAAGCUUAUUGAUCAAAAGAAAGAUAAACGCUUAGCCUACCUGCUUCAGCAGACAGAUGAAUAUGUGGCCAACCUCACAGAACUGGUGAGACAGCACAAGGCUGCACAGGUGGCAAAGGAGAAGAAAAAGAAGAAGAAAAAGAAGAAGGCUGAGGUUGCAGAAGGACAGACCCCAGCAAUUGGACCCGAUGGUGAACCUUUAGAUGAAACCAGCCAAAUGAGUGACCUCCCUGUGAAAGUGAUUCAUGUUGAAAGUGGGAAAAUUCUUACCGGUACAGAUGCACCAAAGGCUGGACAGCUGGAUACCUGGUUAGAAAUGAAUCCUGGAUACGAAGUAGCACCAAGAUCUGACAGUGAAGAAAGUGGAUCAGAGGAGGAGGAAGAGGAGGAAGAGGAAGAACAACCUCAGCCUUCUCAGUCUGCUCUGCCUGUAGAGGAGAAGAAAAAGAUUCCGGAUCCAGACAGUGAUGAUGUAUCAGAAGUCGACGCGAGGCACAUUAUUGAGAACGCCAAACAAGAUGUUGAUGAUGAGUAUGGUGUGUCCCAGGCCCUGGCAAGGGGGCUGCAGUCUUACUAUGCUGUGGCCCAUGCAGUCACUGAAAGGGUGGACAAACAGUCGUCCCUCAUGGUGAAUGGUGUCCUCAAACAGUAUCAGAUCAAAGGUUUAGAGUGGCUGGUAUCUUUGUACAAUAAUAAUCUCAAUGGCAUCCUGGCCGAUGAAAUGGGCCUGGGUAAGACAAUCCAGACCAUUGCUUUAAUUACAUACCUCAUGGAGCACAAACGAAUCAACGGACCGUUCCUCAUUAUAGUACCUCUGUCAACUCUAUCAAAUUGGGCUUAUGAAUUUGAUAAGUGGGCUCCUUCUGUGGUUAAGGUCUCAUACAAGGGCUCUCCAGCUGCAAGACGGGCAUUUGUACCUCAGCUUCGAAGUGGAAAGUUUAAUGUUUUGCUCACUACAUAUGAAUAUAUCAUCAAAGAUAAGCACAUUCUUGCAAAAAUUCGUUGGAAGUACAUGAUCGUUGACGAAGGUCACCGGAUGAAGAAUCACCACUGCAAGCUAACCCAGGUUCUGAACACACACUACGUAGCCCCACGUCGUUUGCUGCUGACAGGGACGCCACUGCAAAAUAAGCUACCAGAACUAUGGGCUCUGCUCAAUUUCCUCCUUCCAACUAUCUUCAAGAGUUGUAGCACGUUUGAACAGUGGUUUAAUGCUCCAUUUGCCAUGACUGGAGAAAAGGUGGAUUUGAAUGAGGAAGAAACUAUUCUAAUUAUCCGUCGUUUGCACAAAGUUUUGCGCCCCUUCCUGCUAAGAAGGUUAAAGAAGGAAGUAGAAGCACAGCUACCUGAAAAGGUAGAAUAUGUUAUUAAGUGUGACAUGUCUGCAUUACAAAGAGUACUUUAUAGACACAUGCAAGCAAAGGGAGUGCUGCUUACGGAUGGAUCCGAGAAGGACAAAAAGGGCAAAGGUGGUACAAAAACCCUCAUGAACACUAUUAUGCAGUUGCGGAAGAUUUGCAACCAUCCAUAUAUGUUUCAGCAUAUAGAGGAGUCCUUUUCUGAGCACUUAGGCUUCACUGGAGGCAUUGUGCAAGGACUUGACCUAUAUCGUGCUUCUGGGAAAUUUGAGCUUCUAGAUCGUAUUCUUCCCAAGUUGCGAGCUACCAACCACAAGGUAUUGCUCUUCUGUCAGAUGACCUCCCUCAUGACCAUAAUGGAAGAUUAUUUUGCCUACCGUGGCUUCAAAUACCUCAGGCUAGAUGGGACCACUAAAGCUGAAGAUCGUGGCAUGCUGCUGAAAACUUUCAAUGAGCCGGGCUCUGAAUAUUUCAUUUUUCUUCUGAGCACCCGAGCAGGGGGUUUGGGACUGAACCUGCAGUCUGCCGAUACUGUGAUUAUUUUUGACAGUGACUGGAAUCCUCACCAGGACCUGCAGGCCCAGGAUCGAGCACAUCGCAUCGGGCAGCAAAACGAAGUGCGAGUGCUGCGCCUGUGCACUGUGAACAGUGUGGAAGAGAAGAUACUUGCUGCGGCCAAGUACAAGCUGAAUGUUGAUCAGAAGGUGAUCCAGGCUGGAAUGUUUGAUCAGAAGUCCUCCAGCCAUGAAAGGCGAGCUUUCCUCCAGGCUAUCUUAGAGCAUGAGGAGCAAGAUGAGACCAGAUACAGCACGGGCAGCGGCAGUGGCAGCGCAAGCUUUCCCCACACUGCCUCAACCCUGUGCCUCAACUCCGACUCGGAGGAGCCACCUUUAAAGGAAGAAGAUGAAGUUCCAGACGAUGAAACGGUUAACCAGAUGAUUGCCCGACAUGAGGAAGAGUUUGAUCUUUUUAUGCGUAUGGAUUUAGAUCGCAGGCGAGAGGAAGCCCGCAAUCCUAAGCGAAAGCCACGAUUGAUGGAAGAGGAUGAGUUGCCCUCUUGGAUAAUUAAAGAUGAUGCAGAAGUAGAAAGACUAACCUGUGAAGAAGAGGAAGAGAAGAUGUUUGGUAGAGGUUCUCGUCACCGUAAGGAAGUGGAUUAUAGCGAUUCGCUGACUGAGAAGCAAUGGCUCAAGGCCAUAGAAGAGGGCACCCUAGAGGAGAUUGAAGAGGAGGUGCGUCAGAAGAAAUCCUCCCGCAAGCGCAAGAGAGAUGUAGAUGUCAGCUCCUCCACCCCGACCACCAGCACUCGCAGCCGGGACAAAGACGAUGACAGCAAAAAGCAGAAGAAGCGUGGCCGGCCUCCUGCUGAGAAGCUGUCUCCAAAUCCACCCAACCUCACCAAGAAGAUGAAGAAGAUUGUUGAUGCGGUGAUUAAGUAUAAAGACAGCAGCAGUGGACGUCAGCUUAGUGAAGUCUUCAUUCAACUGCCUUCUCGAAAGGAGCUUCCAGAGUAUUAUGAACUCAUUCGCAAGCCAGUGGAUUUCAAGAAGAUAAAGGAGCGUAUCCGGAACCACAAAUAUCGCAGCCUGAAUGAUUUGGAGAAGGAUGUCAUGCUCCUAUGUCAGAAUGCCCAGACUUUCAACCUUGAAGGAUCUCUGAUUUAUGAAGACUCAAUUGUACUGCAGUCUGUCUUUACCAGUGUGAGGCAGAAAAUUGAAAAAGAGGAAGACAGCGAAGGAGAAGAGAGUGAAGAGGAGGAGGAGGGGGAAGAGGAAGGAUCUGAAUCAGAGUCUCGUUCUGUCAAAGUGAAGAUUAAACUGGGCAGAAAGGAAAAAGUACCAGACCGAAUGAAAGGCCGCAGACGUACCAGCCGUGGGUCCCGGGCCAAACCUGUAGUUAGUGAUGACGACAGCGAGGAAGAGCAAGAAGAGGAUCGCUCAGGAAGUGGCACAGAAGAUGAUUAAGUGACAUUCCAUGAUGGAGACCUCAGGCAUCAGUUUUUCCAAAGCAGAGAUGCUCUAGUCCUUUAGCUGCAAUGGGUAGCAAGAAACAUAGUGUUGGAUGUGGGUAAACUGUAUAAAACUCUUCCAUAUUUAUACUGCAGUGAAGAUGUAGGACUUAUUUGUGUCUUGCCUUGUCCUCACAUCAGUAGCGUUUGUAACAGCAUUAACUGUUUAAAAAAAUUAUGACUGGGGGAACACUUGAUCUUUUUUUUUCCUUUUUAUGGCAGUACUAUUUUCAGUUGCAGUAUUGAAUCACUGUAGUUUUAACUUAUGGGUGCAUGUGUGUAAGCAGUCCAUUUCCUAGUACUGUAUUUUAUGAAACAGGUCAAACAGCCAGCUGCUCCCCCCAAAGUGAGGUGAGGGUGGCAGGAGUAACUGUGUCAGUGUCACUGGAUUUCAAACAGUAAUAAAUUAAGCAAAAAAACAACAACCCACCAUCACCGUGGUGCAUUUGUUAAACGUGCUUCUCUCUUACGGUAACUUCAGCGAGAGCGCCUCCCAUCAGUCCAGUAAGGUCGUCUAAUUGGUGCAUCCAUCUUCUGAUCCGUUCAGAGAACGAGCACACUCUGCUUAAACAGCUGUCCAGAUAUUCCUAAAUUCCCAUCUGGCUUCUCAUCUGUGAGUAUUGUUCAAAGGAGGUGGCAGCACAGGUUGCCAUAUCCUAUUAUUCCAGAUUGCAUAAGAGGUUUUGAUCAGGCCGGCUUUUGUAAAACAGUUCUUUAAAG